ACUUGCCUCGCUUCAACUUAUUGCACUAGUUCAGCGGUGCAGCGAAAACGAACAGACCUAAUACUACACCGUUCAAUGAGCUCUUGCAAUUGAUUGGUAUAUUUUCUUCGUUUUAAAAAUAUACACCAAUCAGAUGCAAGAGUUCAGUGAACAGUGUAGUUCCUGAAUAUAUCAACUGAUAACCUACCCUAACCUAAAAGUGAAAUUUAAUGCGACGUAUCGUUCGGAAAGCAAGGUGUAACCUGUAUAACUGCAGGGUAUAACUGUAGAGAUUAAUAAAUAUUCAGGUGUUAACAACUCAUAUAAGCAAUUCACCACUUGAUACAUAAUGCGGCUUGGAUUAACUUUAUUCAAGUACAAAUGUACAAUUCCACAUAGAUUCAGAGGGAAGUAUCGUAUUGUCAAAGAUCCAUCUCUGAAAGAUCUGUAUAGGAUGAGGCAAGAUUUUGAUAGAGAAGAGCAAAAUAUGUUAAUUCUGCGACACCCCUACCUUACAAUUGAACAAUCUUUUGGUCACGCACAAGCAUUGCGUGAUAACACACAAGUAUUUCUUGAUAAGUACCGUGAAGAAAAGAGACAGAAGUUUUACAAAGAGAUUUCUUUUGCUGAUCAUCUUUGCCACGUAGGAUAUGGAGAAAAGUGGGAUUAAAUAUGUUCUCAACAUGUAGAUAAAAUUAUAUAUCAUUUUAAAAUCUCUGUAAAUUAAAGUGAUGUUGAAUCUAAGAAUAUACUUUUAAUUCUUUCUUUCUUCGACAAGAUUCUACUUAGAUCAGUUCAACUGUUGAAUGUUACAUAGAGUAUCUUAAAUUUUUAUAGAAAAUAUACGAAAAAAUAUAAGUUUUAUAUUUUUUAACUGCACUGAGACUAUAUAUAUUAAAGCUGAAAUAGGAUAUGCAGAUAAUGCAAUUUUCAUAAGUAUACAAAGAAUCAAAAUAAUACUAUAGUAAUGAAUAAGAUAUUAUAAUUUUCAUGUGUUACAAAUAAAAAGAGAGAGGAUGAUUUACUAA